AUGAAAGUUGCUGAUGCAGUUGCAAAAGUCCUUAAAGCAGAGGGAGUGGAAUACCUGUUUGCGUAUCCCGUUAACCCGAUCAUUGAAGCGGCGGCGAAGUUAGACAUCCGUCCGAUUAUCGUUAGACAGGAACGUAUUGGACUUCACAUGGCAGACGCGAUGAGCCGAAUGACCUCCGGGGAGAAGAUUGGUGUGUUCUGCAUGCAGAGCGGUCCCGGUUCCGAAAACGCCUUCGGUGGUGUUGCCCAAGCCUAUGGCGAUUCCGCGCCGAUUGUGGUUUUGCCGGGUGGCUAUUCUCGGAGCCUAUCCCAAAUCCAGCCGAAUUUCAAUUCUGCCUUGAACUAUCGGCACGUAACGAAGUCGUGUGAGCAGGUCACGGUGCCUGAAGCUGUCCCGGAAGCGAUGCGGCGUGCCUUUACCCAAGUUCGAAAUGGCAGACCGCGUCCCGCGCUCGUUGAAUUCCCGUCGGAUCUGUUCGGUGAAGAGAUUUCCGAUUCCUUUGAUCCGAAACCGGUGCCUAUCGUGCGCUACGGACCUGACAGCGCGUCAAUUGAAGCCACUGCAGAGGCACUGCUUGAAGCCGAAUGUCCUAUUAUCUACGCUGGACAAGGCGUGCAUUACGCCCAAGCUUGGGAUUCUUUGAAAGAAUUGGCAGAGCUGCUUGGGGCACCUGUAACGACGAGUUUGGGCGGCAAAAGUGCCUUCCCUGAAGAUCAUCCGUUAGCCCUCGGUUCCGGUGGACGCGCGAUUCCGAAACCGGUGCAUCACUUCCUCCAAAAAACGGAUCUGAUUUUCGGUAUUGGGUGCAGUUUCACUCGAACUGGCUUCGGUGUCAGGAUUCCCGAAGGAAAACGGGUUAUUCACGCGACAUUAGAUCCAGCGGACAUCAACAAAGAUGUUCCCGUUGACAUUGCUCUUGUUGGCGAUGCGGGUUUAAUUUUAGAUGGAUUGGUAGAAGCCGUUCGCGAUCGUUCCAACGGUGCAUCCGAAGAGCGCACGGCUGCCGUCACCGGAGAAAUUAGUGCGGUUAAAGGGGAAUGGCUUGACCAGUGGAAGGCUAAACUCACCUCGGAUGAAGUGCCGAUGACGCCGUAUCGUGUCAUCUGGGAUCUGCUGCACACUGUCGAUGUCGAAAACACGAUUAUUACGCACGAUGCGGGUAGCCCGCGCGACCAAAUGUCACCGUUCUGGGAGCCUGUCGCACCGCUCACCUAUAUCGGUUGGGGCAAGACGACGCAGCUCGGUUACGGUCUCGGACUCGCUAUGGGUGCGAAACUCGCCAAACCGGAUGCGCUCUGUAUUAACGUCUGGGGUGAUGCGGCUAUCGGCUUUACUGGUAUGGAUUUUGAGACCGCUGUGCGGGAAAGAAUCCCGAUUUUGUCAGUGCUUUUCAACAAUUUCUCUAUGGCGAUUGAGAUUCCGAUUAUGCCUGUGUCUACCGAAAAAUUCCGUAGUACAGACAUCUCUGGUCACUACGCAGACAUGGCGAAGGCGUUCGGUGGUUACGGUGAGCGUGUCGAAACACCUGACCAGAUUAUCCCGGCUAUUCAGCGUGGCAUCCAAAAAACACAAGAAGGCACUCCUGCCCUCCUUGAGUUUAUUACAGCGAAGGAAAUUCAGAUUUCUACGUUCUAA